AUGGCAAAUCGAAUGUUAUUGCAAGCAUGUGUUUUAUCUCUUAUCGCUUUCUUCUCACUCGCAUCGGCUGCCAUUGUCGAACAUUCUUUUCAUGUGCAAAACUUGACCGUUCAACGACUUUGCCAGAGUCGAGUGAUAACUGUUGUUAAUGGAAGUCUUCCGGGACCAACGAUUAGGGUUCAUGAGGGUGAUACACUCGUUGUGCAUGUUGUUAACAAGUCUCCAUAUAACAUCACUAUCCAUUGGCAUGGGAUUUUUCAACGUUUAAGUGGUUGGUCUGACGGUCCCGACUUCGUGACUCAAUGUCCAAUAAGACCCGGUAAUAGCUACACUUAUCGGUUCAACAUAACCGGUCAAGAAGGGACUCUUUGGUGGCAUGCUCACGUUCAAUGGCUUCGAGCCACCGUUUAUGGCGCACUAAUAAUACGACCUAGAAUCGGGCACACUUACCCCUUCCCUAAACCUCAUAGAGAAUACCCUAUUGUCCUAGGAGAGUGGUGGAACGCUAAUGUUAUUGACGUCGAGAACCAAGCGCUUGUUAGCGGAGGAGCCCCAAACAACUCUGAUGCUUAUACAAUUAACGGACGACCCGGUGACCUUUACCCAUGUUCUAAGAAUAGUACCUACACGCUAACCGUCGAGAAAGGAAAAACAUAUUUACUUCGGAUCAUCAACGCUGCACUCAAUAACCAACUAUUUUUCAAGAUAGCCAACCAUAAAAUGACGGUUGUAGCCGUCGAUGCAGCAUACACCAAGCCAUAUAUAACCGACGUUGUUGUCAUCGCCCCGGGUCAAACCACCGACGUGUUACUAUCAGCCGACCAAGCACCGGGCUCUUACUACAUUGCGGCUCGACCCUACGCCAGUGCUGCUGGUGUCCCUUUCGAUAACACAACCACAACCGGUAUCAUCAUCUAUAAAACCGCCACACCCUCGUUAACCCCAAUCAUGCCACCUCUACCCGCCUUCAACGACACGCCCACGGCAUACAAAUUCUCAAGCAACCUAACCGGGCUCGUUAACGGACCCCAUUGGGUGCCUGUCCCACAAAACAUUGACGAACACAUGUUUAUCACCAUAAACUUGGGCUUGGUUCCAUGUGGAAACGGGACCGGUAGCAACAACGCAACUUGCGGAGGCCCGUCCGGGCAGCGAUUGGCUGCGAGCAUGAACAACGAAUCUUUCGUGUUGCCUAGCAAACUAUCGAUGUUGGAGGCUCACUUUCGCGAUGUGAACGGAAUCUACACACGAGAUUUUCCCAACAAUCCACCUUUAGUGUUCGAUUACACUAAUCCAAACAACAGCAACAACAACUCAAUCUUGUUCACAUCGAAGUCAACUAAGGUAAAGAAGCUCAAGUACAAUUCUACGGUCGAGAUGGUUUUGCAAAACACGGCAUUGAUUGGAAUCGAGAACCAUCCCAUACAUUUGCAUGGAUUUAAUUUUCAUGUCUUGGCUCAAGGUUUCGGAAACUAUAACCGCGAUAAAGAUGCGAACAAAAUGAACCUCGUGAACGCGCAAAUUCGUAACACGAUUGGCGUACCCGUCGGAGGUUGGGCUGUCGUUAGAUUCACCGCAGAUAAUCCGGGAAUUUGGAUAAUGCAUUGUCAUUUGGAUGUUCAUUUGCCAUGGGGAUUGGCUAUGGCUUUUGAAGUUGAAAAUGGAGGUACACCAUCUACUACUCUGCCCCCUCCUCCAUCAGAUUUCCCCCAAUGUUAA